AUGGAAAUGCGCUCAGGGCCAGGCUGCGGCCAGGUGCGGCCGCCAGGCGCUUCACCCUCUGCUUCUCGCACCCUUGCCAGUACUCCUGAUGUUUCUCUUCCCUCGCCUUCUCCGUCUACCUCUUCUUCCUCGUCAUCCCUUUCGUCCUCGUCUUCUUCCUCGUCUUCCUCGUCUUCUUCCUCGUCUUCUUCCGCGUCUUCCUCUCCUUCCUCGUCUUCUUCCUCUUCUUCCUCGUCUUCUUCCUCUUCUUCCUCGUCUUCUUCCGCGUCUUCCUCGUCUUCUUCCGCGUCUUCGUCUUCUUCCUCGUCUUCCUCUUCUUCCUCUCUAUUUUUCCAUGGAGUGACUGCUGCGGCUACUCCGCUGCGGCCGGUGACGUUGCAUCCGUUGCAGAGUGGCUCGGCCACAGGCGACAGAUUGACUUCGUUUCCACCGCAGACUUUCGGAGGCAAGGGAGCGAAGAAGCUGGCGGCAGGCCCGAGAGCGGUCGAUCCUUUCGCCUCUCUCGUGCCGGCGCAAACUGCAUCGUCGAGUGGUUCUGCCGCUGCGUCCGCGGCGUUCGCUUCUGGUGCGUCGCUUCCCUCAAGAGAAACGGAACUGGGGUCUCCUUCACGGGCGCAAACACAGUCUACCUCUUUCUCUCGAAAACCUUCCUCGCCGUCGCCUUCGUCUUCCCCUUCUUCGCGUUUGGUGUUUCCAGGAGCUUUCUUGUCUGUGCCUGCAGAGCUGCCGUCGUCUCUGGAGUCGCGAUGGAGGGUGAGUGUCUAUCGCCAUGUCUUCUUCAUUUUUCCGCACCCUUCUCUCUGGCUCGCCUCUUGGGGCUCGACCUCGCGUGUCUCUGCUCGCCCCGCCGUCCCGCGCGCGCAUCUGCCGGUUCUGCUGAUCCAGCGCAGAUCUGGAGCGAUCGGACAACACCUGCUUCCCCUCCGCACGGGCUUUCUCCUCCAGCAAGUCGCCCCUCGUCUCUGCGCCGCCGCCGUCGCUUCGGGGGAGGUGCGAGACACUCAGCCGCCCCAGUCCUUUGGACAUUUCCACUUUGCCUUCGACGCAGACGCCCUCCUCGGGACGCUCGCUGUCGACAGUCGCCGCUUCCUCGUCGUAGUCACUGAAGCCGAACAGGUAGCGCGGUUCGAAGAAGAAGAACUUCCGUCUCUCCCUCUUCAACGGGAUGGACAGAGCGACGCAAACGGCGAGCCGAAGUCCGGGGCUGAGCGCGGAGGACGAACGGAGCCUGGGGGCGAGGCGGCGGCGCGGACCGAUUUGCGUGGCAGCGACGGUCGGUGGACCCGAAGAGUCAUUAAGUCGAUUAAACGGGCCGUCUGCCUCCCCUACCAUGCGACUGUCUCGCCGUCGCUCGCCCACCUGCCGACAGCGACGGCCGCGGGCCUCGAGGCCCACACCGCGGCCGGGAAGGCCCGCCGGCGCCGCGGCGCGCCUGCGGCUGCGACCGCGGUCGUGCGGGGCCUCGCGGCGACCGUGGAGUCCAAGAAGAGACAGCUGGGUGGAGGCCAAGCGUCGCUUCGCGGAAGAGGCGACAAGGCCGAGAGAGAGGCCGACACUGCGGCGCGAGAGGACAAGGCCUUCGCGUCGGAGCAAGGACCAAAGGGGCGACUGCCGUCGCUUCCGUUGGAUCUGCUGGGCGCCACGGAGGAGACUGAAGGCCUGGAUGUCGUGUCCGACCACUUCGCCUUCUCAGAUUUGGACAGCACGCCGCGAGAAGACGGGGAGCGCGUCCCGCAGCUCACGCACCCCCUUGCGAGGUCGCUUUCCCCAGAAGGCCAAGACAGCGGGACGCCGUCGCUCUCGAAGGUCCAGCGUGGGGCCGACUGCGCCGAUGUUUCUUCGCUGUUCUCUCCCCUCAGCUUCUCCCCGUCCUUUCCCCUGGGUCUCCCUCUCUCAGGCCGAGAGGGCGACUCCCGAAAAGAGGACGACGUAGCUGGCCCUCUGUCUCUGUCGGGUCACCUCACAGGCAUUCAGAGUUUAGUCACGGCUGCGGCAGACAGCCUAGUCGGCAGCGCACUGGGCAGCGCUGCGGUCGCGUCCUGGGCUGGCGAGAGUCGCGCGAAUGUGACGCAGUGGAUGGCCGAGCAGUUCCAGUUUUCGCCUCAGCCGCAGGCCUCCCUCAACCUCGCCCGGUGGCUCGGCGACGCCUCCAGUCUCUCCUGGCCUGGGGUGAAUCUCGUAGGCGCAGCCGGCGACACUGGGCAGACGGCGGCGAGAGAGGCUGCGCUGCGCGGGCGUGAAUGCAGAGGCGAGGACAGAGAGGAGAGCGUCGAGCUCGCGGACGGAGACACGGGCCCUCGUGUGGGGUCUGGGUCGCGGUUGGGGCGACCGUUGCGAGACGAAGAGCCCGAAGGACACUGCGAGGCGGUGGUAGGAGAGCGCGCGGGCCAGCGAGGCGCCGCGGAGCCUGUCGGUGUUCUGGAGGGGCAAACGAGCUCGCAAGGAGACAGCGCGGAGACACAGGAGACGGCGCCCGCCCACGCAGGGACACCCCCUGGAAGCUGGGGCUCGGGGCUCGGUGUCGGCUUGUCGCAUCUCGCGGCGGCCGCGGGGCAGAUGACCUCCGACGUGCGAGACGGCAGCACGGCGGGAGACCAUUUUCAGGGACAGCGUUGUCGCAGUGGCGAGGAAACACAGAGCCGCGCUCAGCAGACACGCCUCCCGCAACGAAGCGAACCGGACGGGGGGUUUGCGUCCACCAGUGCGGCGACAUCAGCGCCUCUGGGCCUCCCUGCGUCUGUUCUGGCUGCGGCGUCUGUUGUGGCUGUGGAAGAAACCGCGGCGGUGACGAGCGAAGUCGACCGCUAUGCACUGGCCGUCGAAAAGUUGCUCUGUAGCUGUUUCUACUACUCGUACGACUUGGAGUUGACGCGCAGUCUGCAGAACCAGCAAGACUGCGGGGUUUCGACGCGCCGCCAAGGACUCCCUGGGUACUCGGACGCCGCCCCAGGCCGGGGGAGCGCCGUCGCCUCUCCGAUUGAGAGAGAGGAACUGCUCGAUCGCUGCACAAAGGCCGUGAGGCAGAUGUCGACCGCGGCCGCGCCGCUCAGUCGGGGCGGAGGCGAAGGGCGAGAGAAGGGAGACCGAGGAGACAGGCGGGAAAACGGAGACUGCGGCGUCGCGGAGAAGGCCGGAGGCGGGAAGGAAGCACAAGGCGAUCGGCCGCACGAGCAGGGGCGCGCUAGAGUGGCGCAGAAAGGAGGCGAGGAGGAAGCGGCUCGGCAAGCAGGAGCGACGUUCCUUGCUUUCAAACCUGCAUCGACAGCCGAAGAGGAAAAGGGAAAGAGAGAAGAGGACAGGGAUACACAGUACAGCUGGGACGGAUUGGGUCUGAUUGCAGUCGCCGACGAAAGGUUCACGUGGAACUUGCAGCUCUACAGCGCGUGGCUGGCAGCCGGAAUCGACCAGAGAUGGAUGGUCCCCGUCGUGCAAGGCUACGUCGGCUAUGUGAGACUGGAGCGUACGUCUCCAGCGCCUCUUGGCUCUUCGCCUGCCGCGACUCAUCGCUCACUUCCCCCGCUCGCCCGCCACUGGUCGGCUGCUCCGAGUGCUCCGCCGCGUCUCGCGGUGCCUUCGCGCCCAUCGGUUGCAGACGACCGCGUGGGGCUCGACGCCCGCGAGGCGACGGAGACGCUCCUCUCGCAGAGUGUCGAGCUUUUGCUCAUCUGCAGACGCAGCUGCAAACGUGGCGGGACGCGCUACAACGCCCGCGGCAUCGACGACGAGGGCAACGUGGCCAACUUCGCCGAGAGUGAGCAGCGCGUGCGCCUCGUCGAGUACACAGUCCCUGUGCUCUCGCGCGCCUCUGGACCCGAUGCGCCUGUCGCAGGCGUCUCCUCUGUCGCUUCGGCGAGUCGCGGGUCUCUGCAUGCGCGGCAGGGGCGAUCAGAGACGCUCGGGAGGUGGGCGAGUCUGGUGCAAGUCCGCGGCUCGGUUCCGGUGUUUUGGGAGCAGACAGGAUUGACGGCGCAAACGACGGUGACGCGCAACACCAUUUUGACGGCGCAUGCGUUCGAGAAGCACCAGAACUUUUUGUUUCGGCGCUACGGCCCCGUGAUCGCCUACGUCGACCUGCUGAGCGGGUCUCGGGGCACCGAGUCCCGCCUGGUGUCGGCGCUCGAACACCAGAUCUGCGCCUACGAGCACGACCACCCCCAGGCUCCCUUUAUUCACCACGUCCACUACGAUUUCCACCAGCAGGUCAAGUCUAAGGCGUACGAGGCGGCUCUCGGCGAAUUCGUCGAAUCCCAACUCCUCGACGCCGCCGCAGGGAUCGGCUUCUUCCUUCAGCCCUCGCACGAAUUCGAGAAGAAGCGGCGCCUCGCGAUGCAGGCUGGCGAAGCCGGCGACGCAGCUGCCUGCGCGGAAGAAACCGCUGAGGGCGAGUCGGGCGACGACCGGGGACACCAACAGCAAGGCGUGCUGCGGACCAACUGCCUCGACUGCCUAGAUCGGACCAACGUCUUCCAGUGGUAUUUUUGCUGGUUCUGGCUUGUCCAGCACUUGCGCUCCAACCAUUUCGACGCGUUCCUUCGUCCCGUCAAAAGGCGAAACCUAGUCACGUACUCCACCGUCUCUUCUCCGCCGCCCUCCGCUCUCGCUGCUUCCAACCGUCUUCUCCUCUUUGUCGGCGGCAGCGGAUCCCCGACGAGCUCCUCGCCGUUUUCGCGCGCGAAGGAGCGAACCGGCCUUCGUCGUUUGUCGCCUUUCUCGCAGCCUGCGUCUCGCCAGCAGUCCUCGUCCUCGGUCUCUUCUGCCGGCGACACCCAGGCGGAGACGCGCCGCGGGGCGCCUCAAGACGGCACUGCUCUCGCUUCCUUGUCCUCUGUCUCUUCUGUUUCUUCUGUCUCUUCAGCGUCAGGCUGGUCGUUCACGCCUCGGCGAGGGGACAAGGAGAGAGGGAAGGCAGAGAAGACGCACGAGGCCGCGCUGGGAGCAAAGAGAGAGAAGAAGAGUGCCGCCACAACCGAAGAAGGAACCGGGGAGGAAGAGGUCCAGGCGCUGAAGGAAGAGAUCAAGAAAAUGUGGGCCGAUCAGGGCGACAGCAUCAGUAUGCUGUACACGGGAACAGGCUCGGUGUUCACGUCGCAUAUGAAGCAGGGGGGGAAGGCGACUUUUUCGAGCAACCUCGAUCACGCGUGGAAGGCCCUCGGGAGGUUUUACCAGAACACCUUCGAGGAUACGUACCGCCAAGAAGUGAUAGACGUUUUUCUUGGGCUCCACCGUUUGAGCGUUUCGCUGCCGCGUUUGUCUUCCUUCCCCAACAGUCCCGGGACGCCUGUGCAAUCUGCCUUGUCCGCGUCUCUCUCCAAGGCGAGUGGGGCGUUCGGGUCGGUUGCUGGCAGGCGCACGGUGGGUCAUGCGAAGGCGCCUUCCUCGUCUGGUGGUUCUUCACCGCCCGAGAGGAACAGGCGAAGCGGCGAGAAACUUCCUCCAGGUUGUGAAAUGACGUCGAAGAACCGGAGGCGCCUCGGCGAGGCUGAGAGGGACACUUCCCUCGCCGAAGUCGGCCACGCUGGACCCCACACCUGUGCGUCUUCUCCCUCUUCACCCUCUUCUUCCUCUUCUUCUUUUUUCUCUUCUUCUUCUUUUCUUUCUUCUUCCUCGUCCUUCCUUGGCAAAGAAGGGAGCAAGGGACGGAGGGCGCAGGCCGUCGGCGUGGGCGAGGCAGAGAUGCACGCGAAAGGCGGAAGCCUCCUGGCGUCUGCCGACGCGGAGUCGGCGCCGGGAGGAUUUGGAGAAGGCGAGAAACGGCCGGGGCUGCGAGGGGCCGAGGGACAGAAGGAGGGCGGAGGCCGGCAGGCCCCAGGAGACGAUGGAGCCCAACGAGCGCCGGGAGAGGGUGCAGGCAGUGUGCCCCUGAGAAUUUGGGUGGGGACUUGGAACCUCGCAGGCAAGGAUCUCCACGAAUGGGAUGACAUCGAGCCUUGGUUGGCGCCCGUGAAGGAACAGGCCGACGUGUAUGUCUUUUGCGUUCAAGAGCUGGUGGAACUGACCGGCUUCCGCGUGUUGAUGAACAUGAAGGACAGCGACAAGGAGGCGCGACUCGAGCAGAAGGCCUCGGUGGGUGUCAACAACUUGGUGCAUCACUGCCCGGAGCCUGCUGCGUCGUCGCUGCGUCGCCGGCGUCUCCAGGCGUACGUCUCGUCUCUCUCGGGAUCGCCGCUUCUGCAGGUUCUCGCCUCGAGUCGCCCGCCGUCCUUGCCGUCGCCGACUGCGUCUCCGGCGUCUUCCCUGCCGUCUGCGCAGGCUGACGCCUCGUCCGCGUCCCAGUUUGCGCUGCCUUCGGCUCUUCCCUGGAGUUCGAAGCGGAAGGGAACCGAGGAAGGCUCGAGUCUCUCGUUCUUCGGCCGACAGUGGUCCAGCGCGUCCUUGUCGUCCCGCCCUGCCGCGCCUCGCGAGGAGUCUCUGACCGGAUGGCUCGGCUGGGGCGCGCGGGGCGGAGACGGCGAGAGGGGCGAGGAGACAGCCGACGCGGCCCCUUUCCAGACGCCCCACACAGGCGACGAGAGUCGGGGCGGGAGAAAGCCUCUGCCGGCCUUCGUAAAAGUUCGCUCCUGUUCGAUGGUUGGCCUAAUGAUCAUCGUCUUCAUCCGCACAGACCUGCGCUACCUCCUCGCAGGUGUGGAAGUGUCCUCGGUCAAAGUCGGUUUGAAAGGCAACACCGGGAACAAGGGCGCCGUGUGCGUUCGCCUCAACAUCGGCGAGACGUCCUUUUGCUUCGUGAACGUGCAUCUCGCGAGCGGACCCAGCAGCGGGCACGAGCGCAUGCAACAAAUGUCGCAAAUUCUCCAGCAGGCUUUCCAGUCAGGGCCUUCGUACACGCCGCCGAUUCUCGACCACGACUUCGUGCUGAUCGGCGGCGACUUCAACUUCCGCCUCGUCGCCAGUCAUCAGCAAGUCGCGGACGCCCUGAACUUCCCCAACGCUGUCCCCGCGUUGCUCAAAUCUGACCAGUUUUACGUGAGCAAGCGGCAUGGGGUGCCUCCGUUUCACCAGUUCCGCGAGGCGCCGAUCGCCUUCCUGCCGACUUACAAGUACAAGAAGAGUUCGUCUCACUACGACAUGAAGAGAACGCCUGCUUGGUGCGACCGCAUCCUGUUCUGCGGCCGCCUUCUUUCCGCGGCGGCAGGUUCCGGUUCCACCCUCGAUUCGACGAAAAGAGAGACACAUGGCCUUCGCUCCUCGAGGCCCACGGCACCAGCUGUGGAGUCUGUGGGAAGCGGAGACACUGGCGGGGCGGGUGCGGCCGAAGAAGGGGCGAGCAGCGAGGCGUCGUCGCCCCUCCGGGUCUUGUCGUACACAGAUCAUCCGCGGUAUUUCUCUUCGGACCACAAGCCUGUCUCUCUCGUUCUCAGCGUCGCCAUCUCAGUCCCCAACCUCCCGCCUGUCUCCUUGUGGGGCGCGUCGGAAUCCGCCGACAGCACGGGCUUCCAGUCGUGCUCGUCCUCGCCCGUGCCGCGCCGGACUUCGUCGCCGACCACGCUGGAAGGAGACAGGCCCUCUCGCGCGCCUCUCGGGGGCUUGAGAGACAGCCGAGCAGACGCCGGAGACGCAGACGGAGAGCUGGAGGACUUUUUCGUGGCCACCAGCGGGGCUGAGUGCCCCGCAGGGAACGCAGGCGCAGGAGACUCAGUCUACUUGGAGGAUUUUGAGACUGCGGAGGACGACGAGGAGCGGGAAGGGCGACGCGAAGAAGGCGGCGACGGUCUCGGGACGGAAGGUAGAGGGCGGGAGACAAGGCGGAACGAGGCGGAGAGCCGAGAGAGCGAGACGCGAGAGACAGGGGCGGGACGCAGUUGCCGAGACUUUGUGUGUGACGCUGAAGAGGCGGGGGUUUCGGCGGACCAGACUGAUGAAGACGAUCUUGUCCAGUAUGCAAAAAGAGGAAAUGUGGAGAGCGGGCGAGAUCGAGAGUGGAAUGCCGACUGUUCGUCGCGCCCCGCGAUUCGCGUCCACGACCUGCCGACUGUCGACCUCCUCAGCGACGGCGCCCCCGGCGCGGGGUCUCCACUGUCUCCGGCGGUCGAGCUAACCGAGACAAAGCAGGCGCAGGCGACCCACGCGCGAGGCUUCGAUUUGCUGGAGAUGUUCCCGGACUUCUCCGGCGCUGGAGCCUUGGAUAGGCCUUUCGGAGAAGCAACCCAACGCGCGAGCCCCGUCCAGCCGCACAGCGCAGGCGUGGGCUCUUCCGGCCCGUUGGGCUCCAAGCGAGGAGACAGUCCGACGCGGGCGUCGCACGGAGACACUCGCGAGGCCCGAGCGAACUGCGCGGAUCGGGAAAGAGGGCUCGGGUUGCUGGCCGUCGACCUCCUUGGUGACACGGCAGGCAGCGCCCCGGGUGAGUCAGGACGACACGUAGGAAGGCGAGAAGGCCUGUCGAAAAGCGGAGGAGCGCCGACGCGCGGAGGUUUGCCACUGGUCGGCGAAGGUCGCAGGGAACAGGUAGACUUGCAGAAGAAUUUGCCGUGGACCCUUUUGGAGUUCGACGAACUGAAAGGCCCGCGCGUCUCCAGUGGUGGAUAUGUGCAGGCGCAGCGAAGACAAGAAAAGAGACAGCCGCAGGAUCCGUUCGACGACCUCCUCUCCUAG